AUGGAUGUCAUCCCUAAAUCCUACCUUAUUAAGUGCCUUAUUUUCUGGACUUACUACAUGUACAAACAGCAAUAGAAACCCCUAAAAGACCAAGAAACGCAAACGAAACUAGCAAAGAUCCUGUUUGCUUUAAGGAUCUUCUACGACAUGUUUGCACUUUCAGGUUUUGUAGCUGGAUACCAUCUAGGGACAUUCGAGCUCGAGGCAUUGAUUUUUAUGAUCAGUAUAAUGAUAUUUGAAAUUUCUGGAUCAGUCGUUAGCCUUCGCGAGUCCCUUAGAAAGAAUAAUUCAUUAAAACAGACACUCCUGUACGAGCAAGACUUGCAUCACUACCUUUCUGCAAAAUCUCUAGAUACUUUGGUGCAGGAUCCAGUUUAAUCUAAGAGUUAGAAUUGCACUCCAGAAAAGAAGUUUUCUUCAAAAGACAGUAUGUGCAGCCUCAGUAGUAGUAUUAUCACUAAGAGCUGUACAAAUAGCGACGAAUCAAAUUUGGAAUAGCCUAAAAUUUUCAAGUAAAAGAGUGCUUCUUUGCUUAGUCCCCCCAUCAAAACCAAGAAGCAAAGACGUUACUCAAUGGAAAGCGACUUGGUUGUACUUAAUCAGUCGAAUGGAUAUAGAAAAUGA